CAUAUAAGUCAUUAUACAUAUCUGUUGACCCGGACACAGCGUUAUAACCCACACCACACACUCUCACACACCCGACAGAUGCUCUGACCUUUGUGACAAACUCGACCUAUUCUUCUUUUUUUUUUUUAAACGGAAUAAAUCCGGGAUCUGGAUACACUUUUGACUGACUGCCGGGCCGAGGAAGGGUCAUGGAUCCAAUCGUGGAAGUCGUGGCGUUGCUUUUGGGGUUCAUUGGAUGGGUGAUGGUGGGGAUCACCCUGCCCAACCGUUACUGGAAGACCUCCACCGUGGAUGGGAACGUCAUCACCACCUCCACCAUCUAUGAGAACUUGUGGAUGUCUUGUGCCACUGACUCAACUGGGGUGCACAACUGCAGGGAGUUCCCGUCCCUGCUCGCGUUGAAUGGUUACAUCCAGGCGUCUCGUGCCCUGAUGAUCAUUUCCAUCGUGUUUGGCACCUUUGGACUGGUGGGGGCCCUGAUUGGAAUCCAGUGCUCGAAAGCAGGGGGAGAAAACUACGCUCUCAAAGGGAGGAUUGCAGGCACGGCCGGAGUCCUCUUCAUUCUUCAAGGUGUGUGCACCAUGGUCUCAGUCUCCUGGUAUGCCUUCAACAUCACUCAGGACUUCUUUGACCCUUUCUACCCCGGGACAAAAUUUGAAAUAGGAGAGGCUCUUUACAUCGGCUGGUGCUCUGCUGUGCUCGCCAUCGCUGGGGGGGCCUGCCUCACCUGCUCCUGCAAAAUGGCCACAGAGGAAAAAUACCCUGGGAACUACCAAACCAGGGGGACCGCGUACUCCGGGGCCGCACCGAGCAGGAGCGUGGCUGCCAGCACGUACGGCCGCAACGCAUACGUCUGAGCGGGAUGUUGACAGCCGAGACGUCAUCUUCACCUCAGUUUCUGCAGAUGAAUUCAGGCUUUCUGUUUUGACACCUCACUUGGAACUUUUGUCUUUCCUUUUCUUGGUUCAAUGCCUGCUGACAGACGGACGGUGCAUCAGAUUUUUACUGAUGGAAGCAAAUUUGCACCGCUGCACAGAAAUUGUGAGCAGCUGUGAGAAAAACAGACUGAAAGCUUGCAGUGAUUAUAUUCACGUCUCCUCGAUGAUGUCAAACACAUUCACAGGCAAUCGUAUUUAAAGCCAUUGAAUUGUUUGAUGAUCUGUGUAAACACGACCAGACAUUUUUGAGGUCAAAGGUGAACCAAUGACUUUAUUAUUUACAUGUAUUUUGUACAGUUUUGUAGAGUACCUAUGAGAGGGUGGAGGACUGGUUAUUUUGGAUUUAAUUGUAAUUGUCUCUUUUUAUGACUGCACACAAUAAAAGUUUGUUUUCUUUCUUUAA